AUGAGCAGUGAUUUUCGAUCAAAUCUUGCGGAAGACACAAUAAGCGUAACCACAUCGGACACUGCGCAAUUACUAAGCAAUGAAGAAGCAAGCACAUCCAAUUACACACAGCUAAAUAGAUCAGUUACAUAUCAGCAAUCUGAUGAUGAUGAACUGCAUGGUAGUCAUGGAGUCAGACGGAGACAGCCAGUACAAAAAUUUGAGCCAGGCUCCAUGAAUAUACUAUCAGCAAAAUAUGAGAGUUUGGACUAUGAUACAUGCGAAAAUCAUUUGCUGCUUGAUGAAGAACGCAAGAGAGGCUACCCCUUUAUAAUUUGGAAGGAUAUAGCUCGCUGGUUCAUAAUUUUGCUAAUAGGAGUUGUGACAGCUCUCUUAGCCUUCAUAAUUGAUAUUUGUAUAGAAGAAUUUUCGGGGAUAAAAUACAAGCAACUGAAAAAAUCUGUGGACAUCUAUGUUUUAGAAGACAAACUUUAUAUACCUUAUCUAUUGUGGGUGUUAUCAAAUAUAUGUAUUGUAUUUUUCGGGUCAGUACUGGUGGCGUAUGUUGAGCCAGUAGCUGCCGGCAGUGGAAUUCCUCAAGUGAAAUGUUACUUAAAUGGUGUCAAAGUGCCAAGAGUUGUGCGAAUAAAGACAUUAAUAGUCAAGGCUGUUGGUGUUAUUACUGCUGUGGUUGGAGGCCUAGCCGGUGGCAAGGAAGGUCCGAUGAUACACAGCGGGGCGGUGGUUGCGGCGGGCAUAUCACAAGGGAAGAGCACGACGUUCAACAAGGACUUUAAGAUAUUCCAGUAUUUCCGCGAGGACCACGAGAAACGUGACUUCGUGUCCGCCGGCGCCGCCGCUGGUGUCUCAGCGGCCUUCGGGGCCCCAAUCGGUGGCGUCCUUUUCUCACUGGAAGAGGGCACAAGUUUCUGGAAUCAAGCAUUGACAUGGAGGACGUUCUUCGGCACUGUUGUGUCAACUUUUACUUUAAACUUUGCUCUGUCUGCAUAUCACGGGCAUCCCGGGGAGUUGAGUUAUCCGGGUCUGUUGAACCUGGGCAAGAUGGAGCCAUUCCCCUUCCAGUUCUACGAGCUGCCAGUGUUCAUGCUGUUCGGCGCUGUUGGCGGAAUAAUGGGCGCGCUGUGGAACUACAUCAAUUACAAACUCUCCGUGUUUAGGAUAAGGUACGUGAGCGCUCCUUGGCUGCGCGUGGUGGAGGCUUGUCUAGUGGCAGCGGCGAGUGCGACCUGUGGCUUCCUUAUGAUGUUCCUGCUGAACGACUGCCGGCCUCUCGGCGAGGACCCCACCAAGAAUCCCCUUCAGCUGUUCUGCGCGGACGGCGAAUACAACGCGUUGGCGGCGAUCUGGUUCCAAACGCCCGAGGCGUCGGUCCGCUCGUUCCUGCACGACCCCAUCGGCUCCUACAAGCCGUGGUCGCUCCUGGUCUUCAUCGUGUGCUACUUCCUGCUGUCCACGUGGACCUUCGGGCUGGCGGUCUCCAGCGGCCUCUUCAUACCGAACCUGCUCACCGGCGCCGCGUGGGGCAGGCUCCUCGCCAUCCUCAUCCAGUACAUGAUGCCGUCCAAUAGCAUCAACCCGGCCAAGUACGCUUUGGUGGGCGCGGCGGCGCAGCUGGGCGGUGUGGUGCGAAUGACGAUAUCGCUCACGGUCAUCAUCAUCGAGACCACGGGUCAGAUAUCGAACGCGUUGCCGAUCAUCGUCACGCUGGUCGUCGCCAAGUGGACCGGCGACUUCUUUAAUGAGGGCAUCUACGACAUCCACAUCCAGCUGGCGGGGGUGCCCCUCCUCGGGUGGGAGCCGCCGCCGCUCACGCACACGGUGUACGCCUCGGAGGUGAUGUCGCACCCGGUGUUCACGCUGCGCACCGUCGAGAGCGUCGGCCACGUGCUCGAGCUGCUGCGCCUCGUCUCCUACAACGGGUUCCCGGUCGUCGACCCGCCGCUCUCCGACCACGCAGAAGUGACCACAUACAAACGCCUGAGGGGCUUGAUUCUGCGAUCGCAGUUGAUAGUGCUGCUACAAAACAAAAUUUACAAUGAGAAUGCCAAUACCUCAUGGUCAAACUUGAAAGUUGAUAUGGAUAUGUACCGGAAAGAAUAUCCCCGCUAUCCAUCUAUUGAAGAGUUAGAAAUCGAGGAGUGGGAGAAGACUUGCACAAUAGAUUUAAGACCCUUCAUGAAUCCAUCUCCAUACACAUUACCACACCGUGCAUCAUUACCCCGUCUAUUUAAAUUGUUUAGAGCCUUGGGGCUAAGACACCUGCCCAUUGUAAACGACGUCAAUGAAGUAGUUGGUAUGGUGACACGAAAAGACAUAGCUCGGUAUAGAGUCUGGAGACAUCGAGGACAUAUGGGAAUGGAGGAAUUAUUAUUAUCUAGUGAAAUA